AUGAGUGGGGUAAGCGGAGCUGGCCGUUUUGGGCAUCAGUUGCCGAAGAUUUGCAAUAAUUACCGAAGGGUCGGUGAGGGAGUCGUGUGCUUCGCAUCAUGGUCGAUGGGACGCCGGACGUGGGGAUCUACGUUCGACAAGGCACGCACUGCUACUGUGGCGAGCGUUCCGUCUAGUUGUUAUUUGCUCUGUGGUGAUCCGAACUCUGCCACUGUCCUGCUAUACCUUCUUCUCAUCGAGGGCACUCUUCGACUGGUCCCACCCAUCGGAUUACAGAUGGAUUCGUCAUCGCUCGCGGGGGUCCUGGCUUCGGGCCAGAUGUAUACCAUGCUAAACAGCCUACAAUCAACACGGUACCUCGCUGUGGCGUGCUUUGCGCUUCUCGUGUACGAUUACUUCCUCACUUUGGAACAAGAGAUUAAGUUGUUUUGGAGGGCUAAGCUUACGAUAACGAGGGUUUUGUUCUUCCUUAAUCGAUAUUUACCGCCGAUUAACUUCGUCCAUUAUUCACUUGAACAAAUACCAUUGGGACUCAAGCCUGUACUUGAGAAGGGUUCUUCUGGGACCUACCUCCUUACUGUCACGCUCACACAACACGUACGUUCUGAUACGUUCCGAUUGGAAGGGCUCAGUCGCAUCAAAGUCACAUCAUCCUCAUGUCAGCAAUCCUUCGAUUACGUCAUCAUCGCCCACACAAUAGUCUUGGUUGCUCAAUUCAGACUAGUUGGGUUCUAG